AUGGAUUUGGCCUUCAAGACUGAGCGCACGGGCUCGGAGAGUCCAUCACCUACGAACGAGAAAGCUAUCGGUACCAAAUAUGCCGAUGAAACUCUGCGCAUUCUUGAGCUCCAUGGAGACCUUGUUGGUCCAUUGACGCCAGAGAAGGAGAAACAGCUGCGACGCAAAUUGUACUGGCAUAUCUUCGGGCUGCUCUCCGCUAUUAACCUACUACUAUUUAUUGAUAAAUCUACUCUGGGCUACGCCGCUAUCCUCGGCCUGUUUGAAGAGACUGGAAUAACCAAGGCUGAAUACAACAAUCUUGGAACUUUCUUCUAUGUCGGUUAUAUCGUUGCACAAUGGCCGGGACAUUAUGCUAUGCAAAAAUUACCAUUUGGAAAGUUUGUCGCCGCUCUUGUCUUCAUGUGGGGUGUCAUCCUACUACUUCACUGCGUUGCCACAACGUAUGCCGGUCUUGUAGUUCUGCGAUUGGCUCUCGGUGCCGCUGAAUCUGUCGUUGUACCUGCGAUGGAAGUCACAAUCGGGAUGUUCUUUAAUCGCUACGAACAGUCAUUUCUCCAGCCCUUCCUUUGGUUGACGUCAGCAGCCGCACCUAUAUGUGCCGCGUUUAUCUCCUACGGGCUGCUUUGGAGUCAUAGCACUGUUCUGCCCUGGAAGCUAUUUAUGAUCAUCACUGGAGCUGUCUCGGUACUUCUUUCUGUCCUUGUUUGGUUUCGGUAUCCGAACAAUCCAGCUGAGGCUCAGUUCCUGUCACUCGAGGAAAAGAUCCACACUAUCAGACGAGUGCAUGAGUCAAGUCAAAGUUCUAUUGAACAGAAGCAGUUCAAGAAGAGCCAAUUUAUAGAGACGAUGCGUGACCCCAUUUCGUGGCUAUUUGCUCUGCAGUCCUUCACACUCAUGAUGUCUAAUAAUCUCACCUACGGACAACAAAAUCUCAUUACAAAGGCUCUUGGAGUGGACAGUUUGGGUUCCACUCUUGUGGCUGCAGCUGGCGGUGGUUUUGGUGUGCUAGUUUGUCUUGCAGGAGCCUAUGCCCUACGGUGGUGGCCUUCAAAUCUUGCCCUUCACGGACUCUUUUGGUGUAUACCUGCGGUUGCAGGUGGAAUUGGGAUGGUUGCCAUUGAUUGGGACCAGAAGCUAGGGAUGCUUGCUUGUCUAUUGCUGGCCGGACACACCUAUGGUAAUACAUACAUUAUCGCAUUGGGUUGGACUACAUCAUCUGCGGCCGGCUACACGAAGAAGUUGACCCGAAAUGUCAUGUUCAUGGUUGGUUAUUCCAUUGCGAAUAUUUGUUCUCCACAAAUAUGGGUUCCUAGCGACGCACCUCGCUAUUAUGGUGCCUGGAUCUCCAUGAUAGUGGUCAGCUGGGUGGGGACACCGAUGAUCCUUUUCAUUAUAAGGUUCAUAUUGAAACGCAGGAAUACUCACCGGAAGGCUUGGGCGGCAUCCUUGACUAGUGAAGAGAGAAAGUCUCAUGAAUUUGGGAUCGUGGAGGAACUUGAUGAAAAUGGGAAUAUGAUACGCAGGCAAGUUGAAAUUGCUAUGCUAGACAUGACUGAUAUGGAGAAUCUGUUCUUCAUCUAUCCUAUCUGA